AUGGAAAUGAUUUCAAGUUUCUUGGAUCGUAAUUUUCACCCAAUUCCGUUUAUUGCAGCAGGACCUGGGUAUUGGGAAAACUUGGGUAUUAGAAGAAAGUUUGAAUAUGUUGAAAAAAUGUGUAGAAAAGAUGACGAUGUUGAUUUAAAAGAACUGGUAUAUAAUGCUGUGCUGAUUGAUGUUACAUAUGGGAAUGGUUGUGCUGCUUCUGCAACAGAUAGUAAUAUUGGUGGUGAAACAA